AUGUCAGCAUCUGCGGAUAACUUCGAGGGCCUUAAUCCCGCGCGAUUGGCCAUGUUACAACAAAUGGAACAGGCAGAUGAAAGGAGGGCAACACGCCAGAGCAAUCCCAGGCGUGCUGAGGGCCAAAGAGGCGGUAGAGGCGGUGCUAGAGGUAGAGGUGGAAGAGGUGGAAGGGGCGGAAGGGGUGGUAGAGGAGGUGGAUUCGGUACCGAGGGGAAUGAGAGUCCUUUGGGAGAUCGAAAUGAGAGUGGGAAGAAAAGGACAAGAGUUGACGGCGGUAACCCCGCUUUUGGUGGGGAGAGGAUUGAGACUGUUGGGAAGAGGAUGGUGUUUGAAGAAGAUACAGAAAUUCAAAGUGCUGAAGAAAAGAAAGUUGAGCCGGAGGCCGAGAUAAGCAAAAAGAGAGCUUCGUCUUCUCCCUCAUCAGAUGAAAUUGAUGAGAGGCAAACAAAACGAGUCAAGAAAUCUGACAAGGAGACGAAUAAGGAUAAGAAGGAUAAGAAGGACAAGAAGAAAGAUAAGAAGAAGGACAAGAAAGAAAACAGGAAGGCCAAUGAGGAUGAGACUACAGCCGAAGCCCCGACAACGGAGGAAGAGAAGCAAGAUAAAAGGGAAAAGAGAAAGUCAAGGGAUGAUGAGACCCCUACCGAAGUGUCUACGAAGAAGAGCAAGAAGAACAAGAAGGACAAGAAGAAAUCGGAAGAAGUCGAUUCACCUGUCGAUGCUCCAAGUAAGAAGAGCGAAAAGGAAGAAAAGGAGGCGAGGAAAGCUGAGAAGAAGCGAAGGAAGCAGGAAAAGCAAGAGUCCGAGGAGGAUGCUUCACACAAAAAGCAGAAGAAUAAGCAGAAGGCUGAUCUAGAAGAGCCAUUGGAACGACAUGGCAAGAGGAAAGAGGAGGACAACGAUUCUAGCAGAGCGAAGAAGAAGUCGAAGAAGGCUCACGACGCGGAUCUUCCGACGCCGCCUACCGAAGAAGAAAAGACUGCUGAUGAGGAACCAAAAAAAGACAAGAGGUCAAAGAAAUCCAAGGACAGCGACCUACCCACCCCACCUGCUGCUGCCACUGCUGAAGAGCCUACCGAGGAGGAACCGAAGAAAGAGAAGAAAGCCAAGUCAGAGAGGAAGUCAAAGAAGGAUAAGGCCACAGAGUCAGAGUCGAUGGAACCCUCUUCGAAAAAGCGAAGAACAGAGGGGGGUGACGAAGCCCCUCGGGCUGAUGAGGGGAAGAAGCAAAAGAAGAGGAUCGACAAGGGCCCUCUUCUAGUCGAUCCAGAGAAACCCAGACUCUUCAACUGGGUAGACGAGCCGGAGAAGCCUCGGGGCACAAAGCGUGCUGCUAGCGGGGCCGCAUGGAACGCGGACCUUUUGGAGGGCGGGGAUGCCCGCAAGGCCAAGUUCCUGCGGCUCAUGGGGGGUGGGAAAGGGGGGGCAGAGAUCAAGCCCAGCGCAGCAUCGAAGCUGUCAGCUGCGGCGUUGAAGAAGCAGCAAGAAGAAUUGACGAGGCAGAGUGAGGCGGCAAUGGGGAGGAAGGAGAGUGGGAGGAAGAAGAUGGGGCUUGGGUCGGGCUAG